UGCACAGAUUUCAUUUGGUAGAGGGGUUCUCAUGCUUAAGCAUCUUCUGCUCAUGCUCAUUGUCAUUAGCAAAUGUGGCCACUUCUUAUCAUCGCCCUUUUAACAGCUUUGCUGGGUUCCUCCUUAUUCUUCUGCAGGAGAAAGCUUAGUCAAAGAUGGAGCCGUAAAGGAAGUUUAAAAGCUGAGGAAUCAAGGUUAAGGCGUUUCCAGUUGGAGGAGGUGGCUAAGGCUACCAAAAAUUUCAGUGCAGAGUGUUUGUUGGGGUCUGGAGCAUUUGGGAAUGUGUAUAAAGGAACCUUUGAACUCCAUGGUACGUUAGCAAUCAAGAUAGCUCAUGCCGACUCCUAUCAAAGCGUUGAAGAAUUUAGAAAUGAAGUGAGGCUUCUUUCGACUGUAAAUCACCCCAAUCUGGUAGGCUUGGUGGGGUAUUGUGAAGAAUCCGGACCCGAAGGUGCAAAAAUAUUGGUUUAUGAAUACGUACCCCAUGGUUCUUUACUUGAGUACAUUAUGGGAAGAGGAGGAAGAAACUUAACGUGGAGGCAACGAGUAAACAUAGCUAUUGGAGCAGCUAAAGGAAUAGCAUACUUACACGAUGGGAUUAAGCCGAGCAUAAUCCACCGUGAUAUAAAACCGAGCAACAUCUUAAUUGGAGAUGGUAUGGAAGCCAAGGUUUCGGAUUUUGGACUUGUGAAACUAGGACCGGUCGGAGAUCAAUCACAUGUUAGCAGUCAAAUAAAAGGAACACCAGGGUACCUUGACCCUGCAUAUUGUACCACCUUCCAUUUGACUCCUUUUAGUGAUGUUUAUAGCUUUGGUGUCAUCCUUCUGCAACUUGUAUCUGCCCGCCCGGCUGUGGAUUCAACUACAAGAUGUCAACCUAAUUAUCAUAUCAUCGAUUGGGCAAGGCCGAGUAUAGAGAAGAGCAGCAUCGAAGAAAUCCUUGAUAUUAGUCUUUUAUCUCCGGCCCAGACAUGCAAUAUGGAGAUGAUGCUGAAGAUGGGUGAACUCGGCCUAAGCUGUGUGGAGAAAAUGCCUAAAAACCGGCCUACUAUGGCUCGGGUCUGGCAAGAACUAGAAGAUACACUUCAUUUAGUGGACAACUCCACGCACAAACAGCCCUGGAGAAGUAGUGUAAGAGCAACUAGCAAACUUGCUCCACCUACAGAACGAGUACAUCAUAGAACAUUGGAUAAGGAUUUUUCUCAAAGCUUCGUAAGCAUAGACGGUGUUGGGUUUCAGAAGUUCCGCAUUGAAAUGGAUAUUGUUUCAUUGCAAAGUAGUAGCAGCUUAAGAUGUUUUGAGUUCAACACUAAUGAUGGUGUUGAAGUUGAUAAGAAGAAUUUGACACCAGUUACGGAGGAGACAAGUAAUCAGUGUUUUUAAGCUUUAAGAAACGUAAGUCUUUGUGUCGUAGUUGGUAUUUGAAUCCAUCGUCCUGGCUUUUAGUCCCUUCCUUGUUUUGGUGUUUGAAAAAGGUUACAGAAAAGGAGAUGAAUUGUUCCA